AUGUACCACCGGCAGCUGUCGUACUGCAUCACUCAGUUUGUGGAAAAAGACCCGAAUCUUGCGGAUUCGGUGCUGGUCGGGUUGCUUGAGUUCUGGCCAUUAAGUAACAGCCAGAAUGAGCUGCUUUUCCUGGAAGAGUUGGAGAAGAUUUUGGAGCUCACGCAGGAGCUCGAGUUCCACUUGGUGAUGACGCCGCUGUUCCAGCAGAUCGCGCUCUGCCUCAGCUCCUCUAACUUCCAGAAGCCGCUGGUCAUGAUGCAGCUGUUUCAGCUGUGUCACAGCUCCUCGCACGAAGCUCCCACCCAAUUACAGGUGGUGGAGCGCACGCUGCGCCUGUGGAGCAACGACUACAUCGUGGCGCUCGUGGCUCAGAACCAGGACACCAUCUUGCCGCUCAUCGUUUCUGCUCUCGAGUGCGCUGAAAGCCACCAGAAUCAGGUUGAGCAUGGCAUUCAGCAUCACACCACCAACGGCAAGAAGGUUUCAACCGAUGCCUGCGUCAACCACGACCAAAUCCUCUCGCUUCACAGGAAGGUGAAGGCGGCGAUCAAGAAGUAUCUGGAUGACACACCUGACGACCAGCUGCCGUCUUGGGAUGAGCAUUACCAGGGAUGGGUAUUUGGACCGACGGGCACCGUUGUCAUCUCGGGCAGCGGCUUUCCGAAUCACAUCCCCGACGGCGCUGAUCCCGACAAGAGGGACAAGGAGGAGGCAGAGGUCCUGGUGAAGUAUUGCAGGAUGCAGGCCGCCAAGGACGAGGCCAAGAAAAGUCGUCAGGCGCAGAGUGAUGGUCGUGAUGACGAGGAUGACGAGGAAGGCAAUUGGAUGGAUGAAGGGGAUGAUGAGUAUUGA